CACAAAGUGAAUCACUAAAUUUUAGUAAUGAAACCACACAUGUAUGACUUCAGAAUUUUAUAAAUAAUGCGAUGUGCAAAGUUCAGGCAUUUUUUAAGUGAAAGUAAUAACAGUAGUUUUACCUUUUUAUGCAAGAUAUACUGACGAAAUAAUUAUAAAGGAGAAUUUUAGAUAUUAAACCUAAAUUUGAUUUGCCAGCCUUUGAAAGAUGCUCAUUCAAAUUUUAUGAUCUUAUUAAGCUACAAUUAAAAAAGGAUCCAUAAAGAAAGGCCAUCAAAAAAUGUACAACUAGAUCAUGAAUUUUUAUAUUAAGAAAACCAAGAAGAGCUUGUUUUUAGGAGAGCAAGAGUAGAUUAAUAGAAUUUUAAGUAAAAAAUAAACUCGAAUAAGUUAUUCU